AUGAUGGUAUGUUCUCUUUUUAUAGCCGAAACUCUUCUGUUAUUCUGUUCCAAUAGAGUACAUUUACAUUUACUAGGAAUGUGUAAAUUACGUUCUAUAAUAAAGUCACACGGGCCGGCAAAGCAUACGGAGGAGUGGAAAUUGUCAAGCUGUAACUUCUCUCAGAAACCUUACAUUUUCCUCUGACCUAUCUCAUUUUGAAGAACCCAGUAAAAUUGAACUCUUAUCAAAAAAUCAGAGGUCCCUAUGUUCAAUUUCUGGAGAUAUAUUGAAAAAACCGAAAGUCCUAUGUAUGAAAAGCCGGGCCGUGAGUCAUAUAAAACUGCUUGUUGGUUGCUUCCCUAACCGUUAUUCGCAGGAAAUGGAAGCCGAACGAUCAGUCGAAAGCAAUCAUCAGCACAAAAAAAUGGACACCGUAAAGAGUCAGGUAGCUUCAGUGAAAGCGGUGAGUAGAAUAACUCAGCAUGUCAACGUGAGAGUUUAAGAUUAUGAUCGAAAACGUGGAUCGAAUUUUGGAGCGCGGAGAGCAAUUAGACCGUAUCGAGCGCCGAUCUGAGCAGUUGAAUGAAACGGUAUCUACAUUGAAGAUUUCAAGGGGUUCUUUAUUACGGCUCUUACAAGGGGAUUCCAUGCGUUCUCAAAAGCUUGUUAAUUAAAACAAUUUCAGACUGCCAACUUUAAAAUCACUUCUCGAAAAGUGCAGCGAAAGUUCUGCUUAUUGAAUGCAAAGUGGACCAUUAUUCUUACAGUUGUUAUAUUAAUUGUUUUUGUCGUGUUUUUACUAUUGAUUCUUCAUUGGACUGGAGUGAUUGGAAAGAAAAACAAAUGAAUUCUUCGUUGUUCAAUGUACAUUGGGUUAAAGAUCGUGUUGGAUGAUGCUUUAGCGAGUGAAUGCUAGGGUCAAUGACUCUAUAGAGUCUAGAAAAUUCGUCCGAGGCCUCGGACGACGCGUAAUUUCGGAGCGUCGUUGUAGAGUUUCUCCUUCCAAUUUUCCCUUUUUUUGCAUUAUCAACAUCUUUUCAGAACCAAUCAGUGUCAAAACUUAUGAUAAUGAUUAGAAAUGAAUAAAAAAUAAAAUUUUAACUGCUUCGUCAUCAAUUUCGAAACGUUUUAUGUGAAAAUUACAGAAUUUUUUUCCUGUUGGAAUCGAAAAUUUGCCUCAAUUAUCUCAAUUCUGUAUAUUUUUCGACGGUUGAGCGCAUAAAAGAUGCGCAAUAAACUCUUUGUUGACUGGACGGUUUGAAUGCCAGUGUCCGAACUCGAUUCGGCAAAUGAUCGUUAAAACUCCGUUUUUUCAGUAGUUUUCGACAAAAUCCCUCAAUUUGGUCAAUUCUGAACGAAUCUGCUCCGUUUCGCGCUUAAAUCGAUGCUUUAACUCACACAAUCGCCCCACGGUUCGCAAAGAACAAAAUUUGAGUGUUUAUUAAGAGAAAAACGAAAGAAUUCUGGUUUUCAAUUGAAAAAAGAAACUCCGAGCCGACGGUGGAUGCAAGCGCGCCCCAUUGACAACUCGCUUGCGCAUUGGAAUGCUGGGGUUCCGUGAUAUGGCCAAAUCUAAUUAGGAGAUAUUAUAGGGGCACCGGACAGAAAGGGCGCGCUAUUGAGAAACUCCUUUUUUUCUUUUUAUUUUCUUCAACAUUUUUGCCUUUAAUUUAUGAAAUCUGUUGAAUUUCAGUGAAUGCUGGGCUUACCUUGUGCGCGAUGGAUGCGCUUAGCCUCACAUGGACUCAAAUUCAUUGGAAAGCGGCAAUUCGAGGUGAAUUUUUAUGCUUUAUAGUUCUAUUUGAAAGUUGAAAAAAAUCUAAAUCCGCUUCAUAGGCCUACACAACCGUUCCAAAAAAGUCGGCCUAUUUGGAGCAUGUCGUUCUAAUGUAUUUUUAAAUAAAAUAACUGGUGUUGAAACACUUUAUUCAAAAUAAUUUAUAAUUUUUAGGCUUAGGCUUAGGCUUCGGCUUCGGCGAAGGCUUAGGUUAGGCGCAGGCGUAGCCUGCGUAUUUGGUAUGAGCUAUUAGGCUUAGGCUUAGGCGCAGUUAGGCGAAGGCGCAGUCUGCGUAUUUGGUAUGAGCUACGGAGGGUCAUCGCUCCAAACCUAGGCUUAAUAUAUAUCAUUCGAUAGAGCUCGAAAAAUUAGGGGGACACCCUAUCUUUAGUUUUUUGAUUGGACGCUCGGCUCGCGAGAUAUUAUCGAUCAAAGUGCAUUUUCGAAUAACUUGAAAACGUCAUAACUUUGUUCAUUUUCAUCCUACCGCGAGCACUCUUCUCCCCCAUGUGCAUCAUCAUAGGCGGCAUCUGCGAGAAUUUUUCGACGAAUUUUGGCCACCUACAGUAACCCGUAAUUAUCGAUUGAAAUAUUUGCCACGUCAUAACUUUUUUUUCCUUCAACAACUUUUUUUCUAAAAAAUCACCCUCUUUUGUGUCCGCCCCGUGUAUACACUCCAACUUUUUCAGUAACUUUCAUAUGGCCAAUUUUGAGAUAAAAAUUAAAAAGUUUUUAUUUAUUUUUUAUCUCGCCAGCGACUGGUUUUCGUGGUUAGGCGUGUUCUGACAAGUUGUAGUACUCGCUGACCGCGACCCGAAUCACAUUUUUUUAGAUUUUUAAAAGUGCGUCUACGCGCACAGUACCGCUUCUUGUGAAAAGUUGAAAACUGUGCAUGCAAACUUACUAUUUCCGACUCCACCACAAUUAUCUACGCCUUUUUUUAUGCCGAUUCAGAAAUUUUAAGAAAAAUUGCCGGAUUUUUUUUCGAGAAAAAAAUUGUCAAAGUUUUUUUUUUUUUUUUUUAAUUAUUUUUUUUUAUUUUAUUAAAAAACAUUUUUUCCUUUUAUUUUUGUUUUGUAGACAUGUGUAGACAUGUGUAGACAGUAGACAUGUAAGUAGACAUGCGAGUAGAUAUGCGAGGCCGUAGGCCGAGCUAGUAGACGUGCGAGGCCGUAGGCCGAGCGAGUAGUCUCUUGUGCUUUUUUUCAUAGUUGCCACGGGCCGGGCCGGGCCGGGCCGGGCCGGGCCGAAAUUUCCAAAACUCCGGCCCGGCCCGGCCCGUCGGCCCGGCCCGGCCCGGCCCGACCCGGCCCGGCCCGGUCGGCCCGGUUCAAAAAGCGGGAAUUCAAAAUUUGAAUUAUUGAUCGCAUGAAGCCAUUUUUUGUAGAAUUAGGGGUUUUUUGCAAGCAUCGAACAUUGAAAAACAAAUGUAUUUCUCAUAAAAAAUUCAUAAUAGCAAAAAACAAAGAAGAAACACUAAAACUUUAGUUCGAAAAUUUUUUUUGUAAUAACGAAAAAAAAAUUUCCGCGAAAAUUUGAAUUCCCGCCCUUUGAACCGGGCCGACCGGGCCGGGCCGGGCCGGCACUUCACCGACCCGGCCCGGCCCGGGCCGGCACUUUACCGGCCCGGCCCGGCCCGGCCCGCAUGGCCGGCCCGAAAUCUGGCAAGUCUGCUUUUUUUUGUUGGGCGAGGCCGUAGGCCGAGCUUUUACACUUUUGCUUAGAUAUAUUUUUAUUGCUCGUCUUCAUGUUUGAGGUUGUUGCGUACAUACAAACACAUACACACACACACACACACACGUGUUUUUCAGUGCCUUCAUCAGUGUUCCGAUUCGUUGCUUUUUGAUACAGUGCUGCUUCACUGGUACAAACAAACGACAUGCGACACAGUCGGAUGUGUGGACGUUCAGUCGCGCUCGAAAACUGCAUAGCACACUCAUCUUUUUUUUACGCACAACAAGCCUUUGUGGGACCUGAAUGAGGCGAUGCAGGAAAAAUGGUGUCCCCAACGAUCAAAAUGCUCAAAAUGUAGCGGAGUGAUUAUGAUCCAAUCGCACGUUUUCCAUUCGCCUAAAUACCACCUAGUUUUUGCUAAUCAAAGUUAGUUUUCGCGUCCCGUCUCUUCCCCUUCUUCCUCAACACUUUUUUUUGCAGACGAAGCUCGUCUCGAUUUCGAUGUCUGCAGACACGUAACCAUUUUCGGCCACCAAUGGCGUCUUAUCAGUUUUGCUGAAUUUGAACGGAUAGGACCAGAUGGCCACUACGUUUGUUAA